AUGACAACGGUUUGUUUUCUUCCCUUCUCCCAUCCAGAGUACAAGAAGAAGUAUGGGGAGGAGCACGGCUCGUGCCAGGCGGGAAUUGCAGGGUUCUUCACCGAGGAGCUGGUCAUCAUGGGGGCACCGGGAUCUUAUUAUUGGACAGGAACUGUCAAAGUACUGAAUCUCACUGACAACACAUACUACAAGCUGAAUGACGAUGCUGUGAUAGCCAGGCGGUACACGUACCUUGGAUAUGCGGUGACGGCAGGUCAUUUCUCUCAGCCGACUACCACGGAUGUUGUAGGAGGAGCUCCCCAGGACGGAGGCAUUGGAAAGGUUUAUAUUUUCAGAACAGACAGACGGUCAGGCUCUCUAAUAAAGAUAUUUCAGGCUUCAGGAAAAAAGAUGGGCUCUUACUUUGGCUCCUCCUUAUGUGCAGUUGAUCUGAACUCUGACGGGCUGUCAGACCUGCUGGUCGGAGCACCUAUGUUUUCUGAGAUCAGAGAUGAGGGUCAAGUCACGGUCUAUAUCAACAGAGGAAACGGAGUGCUGGAAGAGCAGCUUGUCCUGGACGGUGACGGUGCCUACAAUGCACACUUUGGAGAGAGCAUGGCCGCCCUCAGCGACAUCGAUGAUGAUGGCUUCCCAGAUGUUGCCAUUGGAGCGCCUCAGGAGGAUAACUACAUAGGAGCAGUGUACAUUUACCAUGGGGACGCCAGUGGUAUUGUACCUCAGUACUCUAUGAAGCUGUCUGGGCAAACAAUAAACCCCAUGCUGCGGAUGUUCGGCCAAUCCAUAUCAGGGGGAGUUGAUAUGGAUGGCAAUGGUUAUCCAGAUAUGACUGUUGGAGCCUUCUUGUCAGACAAUGUGGUACUUCUGAGAUCCAGGCCUGUCAUUACCAUGGACAUCUCCAUUUUCUUGCCCGUGUCCAUCAACAUCACAGCUCCUCAGUGCCAUGAUGGCUUGCAGCCGGUGAACUGCCUCAAUGUCACAGCAUGCUUUCGCUUCAGUGGCAAGCGUGUUCCUGGAGAAAUAGGUUUGAAUUAUAACUUGACUGCUGAUGUGGCAAAGAAGGAAAAGAGCCAGCAACCCAGAGUUUACUUUGUGACUUCUGGAGAGACAGCGGUGCAGAUCACAGAGAAGUUGCAGCUGUCAUACAUGCAGGAAAAGUGUGAGCAUUACUUAGCGUAUGUCAAGAAAAGAGUCAAAGACGUCAUAUCUCCAAUUGUAUUUGAAGCUGCAUACAGCCUUGGGGAACAUGUCAUAGAAAGAGGUAAAGAGGACAAGGAACUACCAGCUCUCAAGCCCAUUCUCCGUUGGAAGAAAGGACAGAAGAUAGCGCAAAGGAAUCAGACUGUUUUUGAGAGGAACUGUCAAUCUGAUGACUGUGCUGCUGAUUUGAAACUUCAGGGUAAAUUAUUACUGUCUAGUGUUGAUGACAGAACUGCUUACCUGGCCCUGGGAGCAGUGAGGAACAUCUCACUUAACAUUUCCAUUUCUAACGUUGGGGAUGAUGCCUACGACACCAAUGUUUUCUUCAAUUUUUCUGGGGAGCUCUUCUUCAUUAAAAUGUGGCAAAAGGAGGAGCUCGGCAUUGCCUGUGAGUUGCUGGAGUCAGACUUCCUCAAGUGCAGCGUGGGAUUUCCCUUCAUGAGAUCGAAAUCUAGGUACGAGUUCAGCGUGAUCUUUGACACAAGCCAUUUGUCUGGGCAGGAAGAAACGCUUACCUUCCUUGUCACUGCCCAAAGUGGAAACCUAGAGCGCACUGAAUCUCUGCAUGAUAAUACUCUAACCCUGUCGGUGCCCCUGAUGCAUGAAGUGGACUCAUCUAUCAGUGGAGAAGUCUUCCCUACUUCAUUCUUCUACGGUGAUUCUGUGGAACCAUCCAACUUCAUUCAGUUGGAAAACAAUGAAUGCCUUUUCCAGUCUCUCAACUUUACACUGCAGGUUUACAAUGCUGGACCAAGCACUCUCCCUGGAGCUUUUCUUGACAUUUCAUUUCCAAACCGCCUCUCAGCCACUGGAGCUGAAAUAUUUCACGUUCAGCAGAUGAUGGUUGGUCAGGACAAAGGAAGCUGUUCUUUUCACAGAAACCCCAGCCCAUGUGUCGUUCCUCAAGAGAAUGAAAAUAUUUUCCACACAAUAUUUGCUUUUUUCACAAAGUCUGGCAGAAAAGUAUUGGACUGUGAAAGACCAGGCAGGUACUGCUUAAUUAUACGCUGCAACUUAAGCUCAUUAGCAAAAGCAGAGUCCUGUGAUAUAAGUAUCUACACACUGCUGAAUACUGAGAUACUGAAGAAGGACAGUUCAUCAGUCAUCCAGUUUGUCACAAGGGCGAGGGUGCGGGUAGACCCUGACCUCAGAGUUGUGGAGGUGCCCAAUGGGAGCCCAGAAGAAAAACCAGUGGUCUUUGAGGCUUUGCACAAUCUGGAGCCUCGGGGGUAUGUUGUCGGAUGGAUCAUUGCCAUCAGUUUGCUGGUGGGAAUUCUCAUCUUCCUGUUGCUGGCUGUGCUCUUAUGGAAG